AUGGCCUUUUGUGGGGGCCUGGAAAAAGCUUCCUCUGCCUCCUUUGCACCUUCCCAUCAAGGAGAACCGGCCGCCGGUGGCAACAGCAGCAGCAGCAGCAGCAGCAUCGAGUCCAAGGAGGCCCCACGGAGUCGGCUGAGCUCCUUUGCCUGGGUGCCCCACGAGGCCCCUCCUUCGGCUGGCAUCCCCUGCUGCCCCGUGGGGCUUCUGCGAAGGAAACCCCAGGCCAAGCAGACUCCUCCUCUGCAGGGCGGAGCCACUCAGCUUCCCAUGGGGCCCAGCCUCGCCCACUCAUGCCCGGCUCUGGGGGCCCUCCAGCAGGGGAGCACCGACCCUUGGGAUCCGUCGCGGGGUUCCUGCUGCAGGCGCCCCCUCCAGAACGUGGCCCAGGAGUUCCCGCUGGAGCACCCGGCCGACCGGUGGCUCUACCUCCCCUCGGGGCCCCCGCAGCCCCCGCAGCAGCAGCAGCCGCAGCCCCCGAGCUCCGGCGGGGACUUUGCCCUGGCCCAGUGGGGCUUCCUGCCCAGCGGGGGGGUCUUCGUGAUGUCAGCCAAGCUGAACAGAGAGAGGGACGCCCAGCCCCGGCUGCCCUGGCCCCCCAACAUCUGCAUCCUGAGCCUGGCCAUGAUGAUCGCGGGCAUCCCCACCGUCCCCGUGCCUGGGGUGCGUGAGGAAGACAUGAUCCAUGCCGCCCAGUGCUUCAUGGCAGAGAACCUGGAGCCUGGCGAGGGCCCGGCGGAAGGGGCCCCGAGGAGGCAGUGGGCAGCCUUCCAGCGCCUCGGCUCCUCCUUCAAGAGGGACCGUCAGCGCAGGCGAGCGACCCACCGGAGUCUGCUGCCCCUGUUCCUGGCCCAGCUGGAGAAGUAG